UCAGAGGCGUCGUUUCAGUUCAGUUCGGGCCGGUCUUCAGCGCACGUCGCCUACACCAUAACCUAACGGUUGUCCUACACGGAAAACGCUACAAGUCACCGUCGUCCGGACGCUGGGUAUCGCUGGGUAUCGCGGUGCCACGAAAGUAAUUUUUUUAUUAAAAUUUAAUAUCUUGAAUGCCGCACAGCGUUCGGUGAUCGUCCGGUGCCAAUCGUAGACGACCAUGAACCUGGUAACGUCGUCGCCAAAGUCACGGCCGCUGCGGCUGCUGCUUCAGUUUUUGCUGUUGUUGGCUGCAACGAGAGGAGCCAUAGGUUGGCCGUGGCCGUCGUUGGGAAAUCCGUCCGGAGCCGUUGGAAGAGUGUUGAAUUUCUUCCCGGUGCCGGUGACCGAAGAGUGCCUGUCCGACGAUUCGCGGAGAACGGGCCUGUGCUUGAACACGUAUGAGUGCAGAAUACAAAACGGAGAGUCUCACGGUGCUUGCGCUUUGGGUUUUGGAGUGUGUUGCGUCUUCACGUCGUCCUGUAACGCAGAAGUGGCCAACAACGUCACGUACUUCGUUAAUCCAAAUUUCCCAGGGCUGUUGGACGACGUGGGUGAAUGCUCGCUGCGUGUCAAGAAGAUAUCCAAAGACAUAAGCCAGCUACGAUUGGACUUUGUGAACUUCAAUCUAGCGCAGCCCAACAGGAAAACGGGAGUGUGCGAGACGGACACGUUCGUCGUCACCGGUGGAGCGUCCAACGACCUGAGAAUUUGCGGUCUCAACAGCGGCCAACACGUGUACUACGAUAUGGACGACGCGAAAGACUAUGUCACGAUCAACAUUCGACUGACCAAAGGCAACUACAACCGGAUGUGGGAGAUUAAAAUCACACAGAUCGAGUUCGCUCAGCGUGCGCCAGCUGGAUGUCUUCAGUAUUUCCACGAAGUCACGGGCACAGUGCAGACUAUGAACUUUGCGGUCAACGGCCGACAUCUGGCCGACCAAGACUACGUGAUUUGCAUACGACAAGAACACGGUAUGUGUUCGAUCGCUUAUGAGCCGUGCGAUGAAAACUCGUUUAAGAUCGGACCUCCGAUAUUUUCCGAUACAGGAAUCGAGGGUUCAGGAGAUGAAGGUGAUGACGUUCCAGGUGGGAGCCAGGUGGUGUCCAUGGACGUAUUCCGUGAGUGCAGCGACCGCGUCAUGAUGCCCUGCGAUUCCGAAGAAUUCAUAACGCCUCAAGGUGGCCCUGGAAUAUGUGAUCUUCUCCAUUGCGGAAACAAUUUCUGCACAGACAAGGAAACGCCGUGCCGGAUCGAGAGCAGCACCACGCCAUUCGUGAUGCGAGUGCAGUUUGGACCAGGCAAUAGGGAAGAAAAUCCCGAAGACAACUUGGGAAUGUGCAUCAGAUACGAACAACUGCAGUGUUCAUCGUAAAUUUGUUUUCGUUUUAUUUCGCACAACGACACAAGGUGUCGCCGACCGUGUGACAAGACCGGGAUAGUGAACACAUUUGGCGACAUCAUGUGCGCCUCACCGAAGCCAACUCCGCCAAAGAUUACAAUACAAACUUAAUAUUGAUACUUACUAUUGUAUACUUACUUUUUAUAUCUAUAAAUAUAUAUUAUACUCUUUUGUA